AUGACACUUUACACCGUGGCACUCGGCCUCUUGGCUGCGGCGGGUACCUUGGCGGCUCCCACCGCGGGAACUGCCGAGGUGCUGCCUCCGCAUGUCGAAAGACGCGGUCCUCAUAAUUUCUUCCUGGGGCCUGACCACCCACUCAUGCUAGCCCGCCGCAACGUUUCUGGACUCGAAUCUCGUAGUACCAACUACGUUCAGGACUACACCACUGGCGGUACUGUAGACUUUACUCCUUCCAGCGGAGGGUUCUCUCUUACCUUUGACACUACCGAGGACUUUGUCGUCGGUGUUGGCUGGAACCCUGGUAGCACUUCUCCCAUCACCUAUAGCGGCUCCUUCAGCGUCAGCAGUGGCCUGGGCACCUUGUCCGUGUAUGGGUGGACCGAGAACCCGCUCGUGGAAUACUAUGUCAUUGAAGACUCGAGCGGCUACUCGCAGACGGGCACCCAAAAGGGCACCGUCACCAGCGACGGCGGCACCUAUGUGAUUUGGGAGAACCAGCGCGUCAAUGAGCCGUCCAUUGUGGGCACGAGCACCUUUAACCAGUAUAUUUCGGUGCGCGAGAGUGGCCGUACGAGCGGCACGGUCACAAUUGAGAAUCACUUCAAUGCCUGGAAGAAUGUUGGCCUUGACCUAGGCACCAUGAACUUUCAGGUCAUUGCUGUAGAGAGCUGGAAUGGUGCAGGUUCUGCGCAGCAGACUGUCUCCAACUAA